AUGAGCUCCCCAGAUGAGGUGUCUGUGUGGGGAACGGGUUUCGGCCCAGAGGGCGGGGAGCAGGCCGGCGUCCGCCCGGCCGGCCGCGCAGUUCCGCGGGGACCCGACCGCGGCUCCGAGCCCAGGAAGCCGCCGAGCGGCGGGGGCGGGAGCGGCUGCCCGGAUCCCAAGGGCUUCCAGUCAGAGCGGGAGAUGCUGGAAGCGGGAGGGCCGGGGCUGUGUGGCCGCGAAGGCCGACCUGGCUCCCCGGAUGACGACAUGAGGGACCUCCUGGACCUGUUAGAGGAGUCUGAGGCGGGCACCACGCAGCAGCUGUACGACCGGGACGUGCUGGGCUUCCACAGGUACCCGUUGGUGGAGCCCUGUACCUCCUUCGAAGUGUCUGCCGGCCUCGAGGCGGGUCCCGGCGGUCCAGGAGCGACCGCCCAGAGAUGUGGGGAAGCGCCGCCGGCUCUGGCCGGCCCUCUCCACUUCAGUGGGCCCGAAGCGGGUCGGGCCUGGGGGAAGCCUAAGAGAGCCACUAAGCGUAGGUUGAACGUGGCUGCGGAUCGCCAGCGGUUCUCCUAUGAAGCCCUGGGCCUGCUGCUAUCCGACUCCGAGUCCUCAGAUGAGUUCAGUGACACAGAGCUGAUGACGGUGAGUACUUACUCCGGAGGAGGAGGCCAGGCCGAGCCCAGCAGACCCGAGGAUCCCGGGGACACUCCCAGUCACUCGAAUUUCCAAGUCAGGGAGAAUUUCCUUCCCGUGACAGGCUCUUCCCUGUCCUCGGCUCUGCGAGGACUCUCUUCGGUUGUGGAAAGGCAGGGCGUGGGAGAGCAGGGCAUCUCUUCCCCUAAGAAAAUGCAGAGCGUGCUCUGGGGGAACGGGGGCAGCAAGCCCAGCUACCCGGGAGCUGCUGCUGCUGCUGCUACGGCAGGUGGCCUGCCGCAGGUCACUCCUAGGAAGAAGGGGACCCUGGAGAAGAAAUCCCUCGGGGGAGCCUCCACACUUGCCCUGGGGAAAAACUUCCCUUCCUGGGGGCAGCGAAUCUGGGCACCUCCGCUGGAACCGGCCACCUUCCCCCCAGUCUCUGGUAUUCCGCUGCUUGGGAGAUCCAAGAGGUAUACCUUGGUCCCUUCUGGAACCAAACAGGCCAAGCACACCAGCGCUGGGAAGAAAUCCGUGGUCACGUGGACAAGGGAGUCUGAGGCUGUGGCGGGAGAAGAUAAGGACCCAAAUAGAGACCCAGCCCCAAAGGGCCAACUGCCAGCUCACAAGCCAGGGACACCUUAUCUGCGCAUGCAUCGUGGAAAAGCCAGCAGUGGCGACGUCGACACCAGAGGCCCCCAAGAUCCAGGAAACUCAGAGCCCUUGGCCCUGAACCAGGGAGAAGUCAUGCCCAGGGGGCCUGCCCCCUCAGCCGUUCUCUCAGGCAGCUUCUCCCACAGGAGACGGGGUGCUGGCAGGGCUGGCCUUGAGCCACAUCAUCCUGUGUGUGGGGUUUGUGCGGCGCGGCUGAUCGGUGGCAGUGCCACACACAGCUCCUCCGGGUGUAGCCUUACAGGGGAACAGCCUUUUCUGUUAAGUCCUUUUCGCCCACAUUGCUCUCCCACGUGCUGGCUGUGGCUGCAGCCCUGGGAGGGGCGAAUCCAGAGGCACAUAGCUUGGGGACCACAAUGGCGAAAUGGCUGCCCCCGGGUAACAGCGGAGGCAGGCCCAGAGAGAAGGUUCGGGCUUCUGGGCAGAGCAGGGGCGGCUGGUCGCCAGCAGAGGGUGGUGCCGCCUCACCUCACGGUAGACCCCACUUGGCCCUUUCCACCUCACUGGGAGCCUGCGAAGCUGGAUUGUGUGUCCUUUCCCUCUCAGGUGACUGGGAGCCACUUGACCAUCCCCCAAGACCGGAAACGCCGCAGCAGCCACUGGGAAUGCCGGGCUGUCCUUCGACACCAUGAAGGACAUGGCUCUCACGAUGCUGACACUUUGAAACACUCUGGAGAGUGUGAAGCUAAGUACAGGCUGGAGACCACCAUCACAGGAACUCGCUUCCCAGUGCACACUAUGGAGGCCUCUAACCACAGUGUGCACACUGGGGGAAAAGUGAAACCAGAAGAGAAAUACUGCCCCAAGCCCUCAGGACCCGGCUAUAUCCCAGACCAAUGUGGAGACUGCCAUCACACCUGGGAGAAACCCAACUUCCUCAGGGCUCUUAACUCUGGCCCCUCAGGUCCCAACCCCACACCUGAAAGGGCAGUGAGGGCCAUUGAGCAGAGAAGCAGCCCCAGCUCACACCUUAUUCUGGCUCUAGCCCCUUCAACUCCAGACCUGUUUCCCACCCGGGCAGUGACUGCCACCACGCCCUAG